CUGACUGCCGGCACUGACUGGCGGCACUGCUGGGCACUGACUGGCAGCACUGCUGGGUGGCACUGCUGGGCAGCUGAUGGGCACAGGUGGGUGGCACUUCUGGACAUUUGUGAGUGGCAUUGCUGGGCACAGGUGGGCAGCACUAGUGGGUGGCAUUGCUUGGCACUGAUCAUCAGGGCACUGAUGAUCAGUGCCCUGAUGAUCGGUGCCGAUCCGUCCUCUGACAAUUGCCAGUUAUCAGUAGUACUUUCCUCACGCUGCGACAACGUAAGGAAAGUGCAGCCGAAAACCGGCAACUGC